UUUCCAUAAAGUGGGAGCAUUGUCCUUCUUGCAAGUUCAUAAUACCGUAUGGCCUCUUAAGCCCACAUGAACCUUCCACGCCAAGCAAUGUUUAGCAGAAGUUGUUUUUGUUUUGUUAAUACCUAGCAACCUAAUAGCCUAACCCCGGACCAAUGGUAUACUGCCCGAGGUGCUGGCUGCACCACGGAAUAAGGGUUGUUAAUCUUGUGGUGAACUUCUUUGGUAUGGGCAUGAUUGUCUAUUCCCUCUGGUUGCUGAAGUUAUGGUGGGAAGGAUUUGUUGAAGUAGGCGUUUCAUCAUCUUCUUUACCCAGACCUUGGUUCAUCUACGCAUUUCUAGGGCUGGGCAUCAUUUUCUGCUUCAAUGCGCUCAUUGGGCACAUCGUGUCUAAUUGUAUCAAUACAAUUGCUCUCUCCAUUUACAUACUAUUCAUCUGUUCCAUUCUAUUGCUUCAAAUUGUGGUAACCGCCGUGAUUUUUUUCAAGAUAGACUGGCAAAGCGCCAUUUCCAAGUAUGUAGAUGGGAAUAUCUUUAAGAACAUAUUGACAUUUCACCUAAAUGCAUGUCGCCUGAUCAGCAUUACAACGAUUCUAGCACAGGUGAAUGUGUUGGUGCUGGCUAUUGUUUUAUGGGCAUUAGGACCCCAACCAAGGAAUCAUUGUGGAAGCCUUGCAACACCCAAUUUGAGAUACUCCUUUCUGGUGCCGACAUCUGACUCUCCACCAGCUCUCCCACCUUCCGCCCCAGCCUUUGCAAGGAGAAUCCAGUCUUCAAGCAGUGCUGCUGGCUGAUUCUGGCUAACAAAGAAGACAUUAAUUUCAAGUUGGAUAGGGACAGAUGCUAGAGUCUCCAUAAGACUAACCUAAGUUUAAUAAUCACAUAAUCCAUAACUUAUUAGAAGACAACUCUCUGCUUGCAAACAUUGCUUGUCACCUUAGCAAAUGGUGUUUGCUGAGCCCAUGGGCUUGUCACCAUUUGCACCAAUUAGCAGCUCAGACUUCAUUUUGUGGUGCCACCACAAAGUGAUUUUUUCCACUCAUUGUUAUCGUGACCCCCUUACAAAUAACAUCCAAUACCAAUUCAUCCACUGCUAUGUGAAAAAUACUGCUUCAAUCUGACAAUUCUUCUAUUU